UUCAGGUCUGUCAUCCUGCUUAAGAGUUUCCGUGCUUUGUCUGUAAGAUGGUGCUAAAAGCUUUACUCAUGAGCAGUAUUUGCUGGGUUAUGUCGGUGGAGGACAGCGUGCUCUGCCUUGCUGGCUACUAAGUGCUGGGGCUGCAGCCUGACCCCUCCAGGUGCAAUGCCACGUCCCCAGAUGCUUAACUUGUGGUCUAGGGGUACCUUUUAAAAAUCGUUGCAACACUGCUUACAAUUUUCCCCCUCCAAGUGGACAGCUUCGGGCAUCCCUCACCGCCCCAGAUUCUCAACGGGGUCUGGCGCCCACCGUUUUAGGGAGCGUAAUUCCCAGAGCUCAGAUGUCAACGAGACAAGAGCUACCGCUCAGUGGGCGUUUUCUCAGCCCUAAACUCCCGAUCGACUCCGAGUCUCCCUGCCGGACCCGGAGCAAAUCUCAGAGUCAACAUGCGAGAAGCGGCAGCCCGGCGGCGGAUCUCCGGCUCCCGACACCCUCGCGCUUCCCGCGGGCACGAAGGACUCCCCUCGACAACCGCCCGCCUCUCAGAGGCCGAAGUCCUAGGCCCUCCGGCCGGCGCUGCCUGUCCACGGACGCGCUGGCCUCGGGACACCCACCAAAGCGGUAGGACUCGCCUCCGCCAGCUCCACAGCCCGGAACCCAGAACGCGCUCCUAGGAGCCGCACAGCGCAGAUCAGGGGGCGGGCUUUCGGCCGCACCCCUUCACUGUUUCCCCGCCUUCUUUGUUUAUUCGGGGCCCGUCAUUGGCUGCUUGGCCUCGAGACCGGGCGAGCCGCGGGUCUUUGGAGAGACGCGAUUGGAUGAAGUCCCUGUCGCUCGGCCAGCGGCCCGCUCGCAAUUGGUUGAGAAGCCACCGGGGGUUUGAAUCGCAUACCCGGCCGGGGAGGGUUCUGCCAAAGUGCCACGUUGGGCCCGGCGGCGGCGUGAAGAUCGGCGGCAGCGUGAGAACCUGGCUCCCGGCGUUCGCGCCGUAACGCCCGGCCGUUGGGGCCGUUGGGAGGCGCUAGACGAGUCGAAGCAGCCGGCCGGUCGGCGGCGGUCGCCGGCGGGAACGGGGCUGAGGCGGCGCGGCGGAGCCUGGGCGGCGGCGCGUCCCGCCCGAGGGCGGCUCUGGCUGAGGGCGGAGGGGCCGGGGAAGAGCCCGGGGCAGCGGCUGAGGCGGGACGGCGGCGGCGGGGACCGCUGCCCCUAGAGGACCCAGCCGAGAUGCUGGCGGAAAACCUGGUGGAGGAGUUUGAGAUGAAGGAGGACGAGCCGUGGUACGACCACCAGGACCUCCAGCAAGAUCUCCAGCUUGCUGCUGAGCUUGGGAAGACAUUACUGGAUCGGAACACAGAGUUGGAGGACUCUCUUCAGCAGAUGUAUACAACCAAUCAGGAGCAGUUACAGGAAAUUGAGUAUCUGACCAAGCAAGUGGAGCUUCUACGGCAGAUGAACGAACAACAUGCAAAGGUUUAUGAACAAUUAGACGUCACAGCAAGGGAACUGGAAGAAACAAAUCAAAAACUAGUUGCUGACAGCAAGGCCUCACAGCAAAAGAUUCUGAGCCUGACUGAAACGAUUGAAUGCCUGCAAACCAACAUUGAUCACCUGCAGAGCCAAGUGGAGGAGCUGAAGUCAUCUGGCCGAGGGAGAAGGAGCCAGGGGAAGUGUGACCAGGAGAAACCGGCACCCAGCUUUGCAUGUCUGAAGGAGCUGUAUGAUCUCCGCCAACAUUUCGUGUAUGAUCAUGUGUUCGCUGAGAAGAUCACUUCCUUGCAAAGUCAGCCAAGCCCUGAUGAAGAGGAAAAUGAGCACUUGAAAAAAACGGUGACAAUGUUGCAGGCCCAGCUGAGCCUGGAGCGGCAGAAGCGGGUGACUAUGGAGGAGGAAUAUGGGCUGGUGUUAAAGGAGAACAGUGAACUGGAGCAGCAGCUGGGGGCCACAGGUGCCUACCGAGCACGGGCACUGGAACUAGAGGCUGAGGUGGCAGAGAUGCGACAGAUGUUGCAGUCAGAGCAUCCAUUUGUGAAUGGGGUUGAGAAGCUGGUGCCAGACUCUCUGUUUGUUCCUUUCAAAGAACCCAGCCAGAGCCUGCUGGAAGAGAUGUUCCUGACUGUGCCGGAACCACAUAGAAAGCCUCUCAAGCGCAGCAGCAGUGAGACGAUCCUCAGCAGCUUGGCAGGGAGUGACAUCGUGAAGGGCCAUGAGGAGACCUGCAUCAGGAGGGCCAAGGCUGUGAAACAGAGGGGCAUCUCCCUUCUGCACGAAGUGGACACACAGUACAGUGCCCUGAAGGUGAAGUAUGAAGAGCUGCUGAAGAAGUGCCAACAGGAACAGGACUCCCUGUCACACAAGGCUGUACAGACCUCCAGGGCUCCGGCCAAGGACCUGACUGGAGUGAACGCCCAGUCUGAGCCUGUUGCCAGCGGCUGGGAACUGGCCUCUGUCAACCCAGAGCCCGUCAGUUCCCCUACAACACCUCCAGAAUACAAAGCGUUGUUUAAGGAGAUCUUUAGUUGCAUCAAGAAAACUAAGCAGGAAAUAGAUGAACAGAGAACAAAAUACCGAUCACUCUCCUCUCAUUCUUAAUUGAACCUCUAGCUCUACUACUAAUUUGCCUAUUGCCUAUCACCUCUCUCUCAUUCAGACAAGUGUUUGUAGACUUGGAAGCCUGACGUUGCUCGUGACAUUUGCCUCAUUGCUUUGCUUAUUUAGCAAAUGCAUACAACGAGGAAAGGAGGUGGCUACUGGUAUCAGUUCUCUGAUCCACUUCCAUUUAAGCUCCCCAGGAAAUCCCAUGACAAACUGGCCUCUGGCUGGCGCACUGAUUAGACUUCAAUCCCUGAAAAGGACCAGUGGAGGGAAGAGCUAUACUACUGGAGAAGUAGGCCUGGAGUUACUACAGUAUGGGGGAAAAGGGCCGAGUUGGCACAAAGCUAAGGCAAUUCCUAUUGCUUCCUUGCGCAACUUCUCAAAACGAUGUAAAGUCAGAGGGCUGUCAAACUCAAGUAUCUUUUGCAAACACUGAAUACUGUGAAUUCAUUAAGAAGAAUGUUCAAGAGAAAGCAGGAGUCUGAUCCAAAAGAAAUGUCAUUAACAAAUACUCCAAAUCCUUGAGUUUUGUUGUAUCUGAACUAGUUGAACUGUGACUGACAGGUAAUCCUAAUAUAUCCAAAUCCAACUGAAUACCAAAUUGAGAUGGCAAAUUUUUGUUUGAUCUAAGUUAGCUUGUUAGCAUAUGCCCUAGAGGGCCUCCGCCCCUACAUUCUAAUGUUUUUAUUGAAAGCUCUAGCCUUUAGGAUGCGUGAACAUGUAAAUCUUUCAUCACUUUCUCAAAUUCACACUAAAGGGGAAAGAUCAAACCUCUUCCCCUCCUACCUGUUUUCUGAGCUGGCUGACUUGCCAGCCACAAGCUGCUCUUCCUGAGUUCUGUAAAUGUUUUGACUUGUUGCAGAAAUUCCUAUCUACAUUAUUAAGCAGUAUUGAUGUUCUGACUGUGGAAACAUAUCCUCUUACUUGUAUACUUUUAAUUUAAAACUAUUUAAGAACUGAGGUUCCGAUUAUUGUAUAUAUUUUUCUAAAAACCAAAUAAAGCUACCUAUGAAAAUGAA